CUUCAAUCAAAACAAGAACAAUUUUUUAACUACUCACACACCUAACAAAUAACAAACCAAACACUCUUUUCUUUUUCUUCAUCUUUUUCAAUAUUUUCUUCCUUUUAACAACAAUGGCAACAACAAGAAAAACCAAAAAUUUCCUCUUCUUAGGUGGAAAAGACAAAAUUACCCCUCUUCCAUCAAGCACAAAUACCCUCCAAUUUGAAUUUGAUGAAGCUGAAAUGUGGUGUAAUUCGGAAGAAAUUAAUAAUUUUGAACCAAAAUUAUCAAUACCAAGUUCAAGAUUAUCGAAAAAAAUGACGAAAAAGGGCGAAAGAAAGGCGAGUAAUGCGACGUCGUUGCCUGUGAAUAUACCUGAUUGGUCGAAAAUAUUAGGUGAUGAUAAGGGUAAUUUGGGAAAAAAUAUUAUGUUUGAUGAUGAUGGAGAUUUUGAUAAUGAAAAUAGAAUUCCACCACAUGAAUAUUUAGCAAGAACAAGAGUUGCUUCAUUUUCAGUACAUGAAGGAAUUGGAAGGACAUUAAAAGGAAGAGAUUUAAGUAGAGUUAGAAAUGCUAUUUGGAAAAAAAUUGGUUUUGAAGAUUAAUAUAUUACGUUUUGUAUCAUAGACUAUCGUUGCCAAAUUAUUGGAUUAAUGAGUUAAUUUUUUUGUUUUUUAGGGUUGGAAUAGAUUUGAUUUUAUGUGUAUUGAUGUUCACCUUUUAGUUGUGGACUUCAAUGAGGAUUUAAUGUAAGUUUGUGUUAUUAGAUUUUCUACUUAGUAAUUUGUAGAACUUGAUGAGUUUUUGGGAUUUGUAUUGUAUUUUUUAGGAUUUUAUUGACUAUGUAGCAAUUUGAUUUAA